AUCGAAUUAUUGUUUCCGGUUUUGAAAACGCGGCAUUCAACGAUUUUCUGGUACACUUACAAAUCGUAUAUAUAGUACGAUGGCAGAAACACCUAAUGAGUUCAAAUUGAAGAAUCCUCCAACGGAUGGAAUUUCAGCUGCUAAAUUUGGUCCUAACUCAAGUCAGUUUUUGCUGGUGUCAUCCUGGGACACUUCAGUUCGUCUGUAUGAUGUUGUUGCCAAUAAUAUGCGGCUAUCCUACCACCAUCCUGCUCCAGUUCUAGACUGCUGCUUCCAUGAUGCUGUACAUGCUUACAGUGGGGGAUUGGACAAUACCGUCAUGAUGUUUGACUUCAACACAAAUUCAGGGACCACGGUAGGAACACAUGACGCUGCAGUGCGGUGUGUGGAGUAUUGUCCCAGUGUUAAUGUGGUCAUCACUGGCAGCUGGGACUCGACAGUCAAACUGUGGGACCCCCGUACACCGUGUGGGGCAGGCUCCUUCAGCCAACCAGAUAAGGUGUACACUAUGUCAGUGUGUGGUGACCGGCUGGUGGUUGGAACAGCAGGUCGCAGGAUAUUGGUUUGGGAUCUUCGUAACAUGGGCUAUGUCCAGCAGCGGCGAGAAUCCAGUCUCAAGUACCAAACUCGCUGUAUUCGAUGUUUCCCUAACAAACAAGGAUAUGUACUCAGUUCCAUAGAAGGUCGUGUAGCUGUGGAAUACCUUGACCCAAGUCCCGAAGUACAGAAGAAAAAGUAUGCCUUCAAAUGUCACCGGAUAAAGGAAAACGGAGUGGAAUCUAUCUACCCAGUCAAUGCCAUAGCAUUCCAUACGAAUCACAACACCUUCGCGUCUGGAGGCUCUGACGGCUUCGUCAAUAUCUGGGACGGAUUCAACAAGAAACGCCUUUGUCAGUUCCAUAGAUAUCCCAAUGGAAUCUCCUCCCUGGCCUUUAGCAAUGAUGGACAGGCUUUGGCUAUAGCUACCUCUUACAUGUACGAGGCGGACGAGAUUAAAGAUAUACCAGAGGAUGCCAUAUACAUUCGAAAUGUCAGCGACCAGGAAACAAAACCUAAGUCCUGAAAGCCUCCACACAGAAACAAUAAACUGAUUACUUUAAAAAUAUGAUGUGUUCAAUACAACCUGACAAAUACCCAUUUAUGGGACCCACACAUUUUUUCUUACUGUUUAACAUUGUAAAACUUUCUUCAUUGUUUUAAUAGUAAGAGGUUAGAAAAGGUUUCUUACAAAACAUGUUUUAUUGUACAGAAGAUUAUAUGCUAUGAGAUGCCAUGUAACAGUCGAUGUUGUGCAAUCAGCAAUCAAAAGUACAUUGCACAUCACAACUUUGGUAGUGGAAGAGUUAAACAUGUUGAUAUUUUUGUAGACACACAAUGUGAUCAGGCCGAGCACACAUUCUGACCUCCUUUCUGUAUCUCCUGGUACAUAAUGUAAUAUCUGGAUUAUAAGUAUGGAAACCUUAGCUGUGGUUCCUCAGAGGGCUAUUAGCACAGAUAUUAAUGAUUACAUCAGCAACAGAUCUGCACACAUAACUAUAAAAUAUAUUUUAGACUGCUGUUGAAAAUUUCAUAAAAUAGUUCCCAUGAAAUGAAUGUUUCAUUAGAAAGAUAAAUCCACCAUUAUGUUAGGGUUACCCAAAAGGCAGCAGCAGAAUGUACUUGUCAGUUGUAUUUUGACUUGCAUGAGUCAAAAUUGUACAUAUGUAUAUAAUUUGUCUGAAAUUUACACACUGCAUAUCACCAUACUCUGAACUCUUGUAUGUAAUUUUAUAUUUCAUGGAUAUGUGUAUAGCUAUGUGCUAAUCACUUGUACAAUAUCUACAGAUAUCACUUUUUAUAAUGAAACUGAAGAAUCUUUCUAUUUAUUUAUAAUGAAAGUUGGAUGUGAAAGACAAAAUCUUUUCUGUUACCUGGAUGGGUAUGUUCCCAGGUAUAUAUGUAGAUGAAAUUGGAAUUUCUGCAAUACAUGUUAUGUAUUACCCAUUUUACCCCAGAGAUAAUGACUACUUUUAUAUAUUUGCCUUAAUAACUCUCUUUCCCUCUGUAAGCGCCUCUCUAUAUAAAUGAUAGAAUGCUCCCUUUUGCACCUACACCUUUCACUCUGUCCCAUCUGUUUGUAUAUGCUCCAGAAUAAAAUUUCUGUAAGAGAACCCACCUUUUCCCCUGGGAAUGCAUCUCACAGAAAAGUAGCUUAUACAUAACUUUUCUGUCAUAACCUAUGUUUUCUAUUUCUUAUAAGCACGCCUUUAUCUGCUUAUUACAGCAAAUAUGGUAUAAUGAUCAUACAUGUAGUUAGAAUCUGUUUGGUUGUGAUUGAAAGAUCUUUUCACCUCAUUCAGUAUGCUUGUCUGUAUAUAUGCUGGAAUAGGCUGUGAACUAUUCAUAACAAUGUACAUCACAGGUUGAUAUGGCUGCUGUGUGACUGAAGUAAAGUUUCAUUUUAUUGUUUGAUAGAAUCAAUUUUGGAAACUCACUAAUCAUAUGAUAUAUGAAAGUCAUAUUUUGUCACAAGCUAGAUAUAUAUAUAUGCUGGAAUAGGAAGUGAACUAUUCAUAACAAUGUACAUCACAAGUCGAUAUACCUGCUGUGUGACUUAAGUAAAUUAUCACGUCAUCGUUUAAUAGAAUCUAUUUUUGAAACUCAUGAAUCAUAUAAUAUAUAGAAGUCAUAUUUUGUCACAAGCUAGAUAUAUAAAUGAUCUAGCUUACAUUUGGUCGGUUUUGUAUGUGUCUCGUACUGGAAUGGGGACAUCAUAUGAUUUGUGGUUAAAGACUUCUAUUCAGAUAGCAGAUAUGUAUGUGAUGUCACUUUCUAGUAUGGUAAACAGAUGACAGAUUUCAAGAGCUGUCAAGUUCACGUGUAAUUCACAACUUGUAUUUAAGUCCUGACUAAAAUCAGAGUCAAAUGUCCUUGAAUAAAAUGAAAAUGAAAA